GUUGUGUCCGCCGGACAGUAGCUCGCGGGCAACGGCAGUGUCCAGAAGUCAAGCGCGAAUCACACACACACACUCGUUAAAUCAUGGAAUUCCUGAGCGCACAGUGUGCGGCCAGAUCGGCGGGUCCGGCAAACACAUUAAUGUCGCUGUUGCUCUCCACACUGAUCGCCAAGUACUGCGAUCUCAGCGGACAGCAACAGUGGCCAGCGGAUCAGGGCGAUUGGCUGGACAAAUCGGGCGGCUUCAACGAACCCUACGACUUCAUUGUGAUCGGUGCCGGCAGCUCCGGAGCUGUGGUCGCUGGCCGGCUGGCGGAGCAGGCAAACUGGCGAGUGUUGUUGCUGGAGGCGGGCGGCGAUCCGCCAAUUGAAACGGAAUUCGUUGCCUGGCACAUGGCCACACAGUUCUCCAAGUGGGACUGGCAGUAUCACACGGAACCGAAUGGACGCGCCUGCAUGGCCAUGGAGGGCGGCAGUUGCCACUGGCCACGCGGCAAAAUGCUUGGCGGCACCAAUGGCAUGAAUGCAAUGAUCUAUGCUCGUGGCACCCGCUUCGACUUUGACGAUUGGCAGCAGCGCGGCAAUCCCGGCUGGGGCUACGACGAUGUCCUACAUCAUUUCCGCAAGGCCGAGGAUCUGCGCUCCACGCGUCCCGACUACAAGGCCGGUGAUCAUGGCGUUGGUGGUCCCAUGGGCCUCAACAACUAUGUGUCGGACAACGAGUUCCGCAGCACCAUUCGCGCCGGCAUGCUGGAGAUGGGCUACGGCAGUGCACCGGACUUUACCGAAGGCUCGUUUAUCGGCCAAAUGGAUAUCCUGGGCACCCAGGAUGGCGGACGUCGCAUCACCACCGCCCACUCUCAUCUGCGCAAGGACACACCGAAUCUGCACAUUGUGCGCCAUGCGCACGUCAAGCGCGUGAAUCUCGACGGACAGCAGCGGGCGGAAAGCGUCACAUUUGUGCAUCGCGAGGGCAAGGAGUACACGGUGCGUGCCAGCAAGGAGAUUGUUCUGUCGGCGGGCGCCAUUGGAUCGCCACAGAUUCUUAUGCUUUCGGGCGUUGGACCAGCGGAGCACCUGAAGAGCAUCGGAGUACCAGUUAAACUCGAUCUGCCCGUGGGCCGCAACCUCAAGGAUCACGCCAGUCUGCCAGUGAUCUUCCAGAUCGACAAGUCAACGGCCCGCAAACCCACAGAGGAAGAACUGGUCGAUGCCAUGUUCAAUCUCCUGAUGGGUAGAUACAGCAAAUUGCUGCAUCACGAGGCGACCGCAUUGACCGGCUUCAUCAACACAACGUCUCUGCACGGCCCCAAUCCCGAUAUCCAGACAACGAACUUCUUCAGUCUGAUGCAGAGUCCCGAGCUGAAGGGUUAUGUGGCUGCCACCGGUUUCAAUGAGCGUGUGGCCAAGAGCAUACUGUCGGCGAAUCAGAAUACAAAUACCUACAUCACGUACCUGCUGCAUCUGAAGCCCUUCUCGGCGGGUCGCAUCGAGUUGCAGAGCAACAACUACUUGGAUGCGCCGCUCCUCGAUCCCGGCUACAUGACAGAUGAACGCGAUGUCGACACCUACAUUCGUGCCCUUAACAUCUACAAACGUCUACCCGAGACGAAGGCGUUCGGCGAACGCGAAGCUGCACUCCACAAGGUCGAUCUGGAGGCCUGCAACGAUCUGGAGUAUCAGUCGGAUGAUUACUGGCGUUGCUACAUUCGUCACAUGACCACCACCGUAUACCAUCCGGUGGGCACAGCUCGCAUGGGACCCGCCAGUGAUCCGACUGCAGUCGUUGAUGCCCGUCUGCGUGUCCAUGGCGCGAAGGGAUUGCGUGUCAUUGAUGCCAGUAUCAUGCCCGAUAUUGUGGGCGCCAAUACGAAUGCUGCUUGCAUUAUGAUUGGCGAGAAGGGAGCCGAUAUGAUCAAGGAGGAUUAUCUGGGCACCAAUCAGCACACCGAACUCUAAGCUAAUAGUCUUAUAUGUAUAUCUUUUUUUUUCAAUUUUUUUCAAAUUUUUUUUUUUAUGGAAUAAACCAAGUAAGAUUCGUUAACAA